UUUGUUGGACUUCAGUCGCGUUAUUUUUGUACAGUAGAAUUUCGGUAAACCAGCCGUUUGAUAAUCCGAUACGUCCAACAAUCCGUUUAUAUUAACCUAUAUAUACGUACCAAUAUGUAUUUGUAUAUAAAGUAACUAUCGUAAACUAAGUAAUAACAGAUUAAAUUCGAAUAAACCUAUUAGAUAUUUUGUUUUUAUUCAGUUACCUAACGUUGAAGUACAGAAAGGUUAUUCAUUUUUAAUAAUUAAUAAAUAAUUUUUUAAUUUUUCAAUAAGUAAAAAUGCGUUUUUAUGUGAACCCUCAUUAAUCCGCUGUUUUAGUUGAUUCGGCAGUAGCGUGGUCUGAUAUCUGUCGGAUUACCGAGAUUCUACUGUAUAUAUAUACAUAGAUAUAUGUAUAUUUUUCAUAAACAUCGAGAGAUUUCGGUAGAGGGUAGCCACGAAAAAUAACACGUUGGCGUAUUCGUGAUUCCAUCGAGGGUAAGUGAAGGACGACGUCAGAAAUCAACAUAACAUUUUCCGACGGAAUCGAUAACCUAUAGUGUGCGUUCAUCGGGUUAACGUCGUUCCGCCUUUGAAUAAUAAACCUAAAAAUAUGCGUUUCGUGUUCAGGAUAGAGAAGUUUUUGUGUUUUCGUCCACGCAUCGAAAAACUACAUCUGUCGAUCGUAUACCGUGUACCAUGUAUAAUUUUCUUGUUUCAAUAGAUGCGGUAGCAACAGUUUUGAACUUUUCUUCAGUAUUUAUUCAGAUUGUCAGGAUCGCGAGGGGCCUCAAUAGUAACCACAUUCAUUGGGUACAGAAAAUCUGCAGUAAACGUCGGGACUGUUGGAUACGUAUUUUGUGAAAGAUAAUUUAUUCGCAGUAACCAUGUGAAACACCACAUUACUAUCCGUCUGCUUUAGUAUAUCCAUAUACAGCUUAUUGGAUUCACGGUUAAUUGACUUAUUUUCCUGUAUUACACUCGAAACGGCUGGACCAGAUUUUCAAAUACUAUACUAACACACAGCAAAAACUUCGUCUUUACGACUCACAAGCGACACGCCGGUUAAUGGGAACAUUUAAAACUUAGUUACUGUGCGUAACUUGUCUAAUAGUGAAGACUAAACCGUAAACAUGAAGAAGGUAUUUCAAGUAGAUGAUGGACAAGGACAUCUUGCAGUAGUUGACGAGUCGAAUUUGACCGAUGUUCCGAAUUUGAAAGGUGAUUGGCAUAACAUUUUUAUAUUAAUAUCGCUGUACAUAAUACAAGGAAUAGGUACCAGUGUAUACAUAGGAGUGCCGAUUAUUUUGCAAGGCAACAAAAACGUAACUUAUAAAGACCAGGCUUUUCUUAGCAUGGUGGCAUGGUCAUAUAGCUUUAGAAUAAUAUUGGCACCUUUAGUGGACGCCCUCUAUAUACAAAAGGUAGGAAGACGAAAAUCUUGGCUAAUACCAGGUUACUUUUUAAUCGGCGGGUGCUUCAUUUAUAUGGGAAUGAAUAUUGAAGAUUGGAUACCUGCAGAUAGAGGAAAGCCAAAUAUAUUAAGACUGUUCUAUCCGAUGUUAUUCAUUCACGCUUUGGUAGCUACACAAUUCAUAGUCAUCGACAGUUGGGUACUAACAAUGCUAAAGAAGAAUAACCUGGGUUACGGGCCAACUUGUAGUUUAAUAGGUGUACCGUUUGGUGUAAUGUUUGGCUCUUUUAUUCUAGUUGAGUUCACGUCAGAGAAUUUUAGUAAUAAGUAUCUACGAUUUUCACCGGAUACAGGAGGAAUAGUGACUUUUCCAGGUUUUUUUUAUUUUUGUGGUUUUCUGUUUAUUUUAAUAUCAAUAUUAAUUGGCAUUUUCAAAAAAGAAAAAUGUAACAGGUUAGAAGACAACCACAUGAAACUCAACAUUAUUCAAUAUUAUAUAAUUUUAUGGAAAGUUUUAAAGCUACCCAGUAUCCGGGUACUAUCGAUUGCAUUGUUGACAGAGGAGAUUGGGUUUGCUUCAUCUGCCUUUACUGUGUGGAUUUUACAACUCAUUGACGCAGGAGUACCAAAAGAUAAUGUUAUGCUUGUACAUUCAUCAAUGAUUAUAGUAAAAAUCAUUACACCAAUUAUUAUAUCAAAAUACACCGCGGGACCUAAAACAAUGAGCGUAUACUUAAUAAUGUCACCCAUCAGAUUAAUGUGGAAUAUUACAUUUGUUACAUUUAUAUAUUAUACAACAAAAUUCAUAACAAAUAAUGGAAAAAUAGGUUUUCCAAUAUAUUUCUAUGUAAUUUUAAUAGUUCUUUUCAUGAUAAAUAACAUUCUAAACACGACCAUGAGAUUGGCUAGAUUUUCUUUAUUUAAUCGGAUAAGUGAUCCUCGUUUUGGCGGUACUUACAUGGCAUUAUUAAAUACUUUUUCAAGUUUUGGAAUAUCGUCAUCGACUUCGCUUGCAAUAUCAUUGAUAGAUUUUUUGACAUUUGAAGAAUGUUUAUUAAAUUAUAAUAACGAUUGUUCUACAUCAAGUCCAAACAACGCGUGUAAAACAAAUAGGAGUAGUUGCUUUGUAUUAGUUAACGGAUAUUACGUAGAAUCGGUUCUGUGUAUAUUGUUUGGAAUCGGAUGGUACUAUAUUUUCAGUGGUACUUUUAAAAGUGCUCAAGUUAAGAGCUUUUCUCAUUGGAUGGUCAAUAUGAAGAAUAAUACAGUUAAGAAAAACGAAAAAACUUAAAAUAAUGGUUGAAAAGUCAUAAUGAAACUUAUUAUCUUGCGCAUGACCUUAAUAGGUCACCCAAUAAAUCAUUUUGUUUUAAAUAUUUCAUCCUAAUAUUAUUAUACCAUUGUAGUAUUAUAUUCUUUUAUAGGGAUUUUUUACUAAGUUAAACUCUGUAAUCUGUACGUUAAUUUAAUUUCUACCUAAUUAAUUUAUUAAUCUAAUUUUAAUUAUCGUUGAUUAUACAUUUAUUACCUAUAC